CACAUUUCUCCGGAGGAGGUUUCAGUCCAAAGCCCUCACUAAUGUCGCCGUAAGCACUACAGCUUCAUGUUUCAAAAGCCUCAGUUCUAGCCAACAGGACCAAAUCCAUCUCUAUGUCGAUACACUUCUCCAAUGGAACCAGAAAAUGAAUCUUACAGCAACUAAAGAAGCUGACGAAGUAAUGGAGAGGCAUAUCGAAGAUUCUCUUGCGAUAUUGCCUCCUAUAAAGACUUGUUACAACUUGCAUUCCAGUGGUUUGUAUGAUCACAUCAAUAUAAUCGAUGUUGGAAGCGGGGCAGGUCUUCCUGGGUUGGUUCUAGCCAUUGCAUGUCCAGAUUGGAGAGUUACUCUACUGGAGUCUAUAAAUAAGCGUUGUGUUUUCUUGGAGCACGUAGUGAAUGUUACCGGGCUUACAAAUGUUAAAAUCGUUAGGGGCAGAGCAGAGAGUUGUGGGCACGAUGUUAUGUACAGAGAGAAGUUUGAUGUGGCUAUUGCAAGAGCUGUCGCGGAGAUGAGAGUCUUAGCUGAAUAUUGUCUUCCUCUGGUUCGGAUUGGUGGAUUGUUUGUAGCUGCUAAAGGUCAUGACCCUAAGGAGGAAGUUCAAAAUGCAGAAAAUGCUGUUCGCAUGUUGGGUGGUUCAAUCUUACAAAUUAGUCCAGUGGAUUCACAUAGCCCAUACGGACAGCGGACAACGGUUGUUUGUCGUAAAGAUCAUUCCACCCCACAAAAAUAUCCACGUGAUGCAGAUGACGAUGUAUCACAUUUGGCUAGAGCGGAACAAGAGACGUCUCAAGCAUAUCCAUCACCUGACGACUCACCAAAUCCUCAUUAUCAAGGAAACAGUGCGCAAUAAGAUGGUAUCGCUCCACUACCAGGAUGUUUCAUGACUUCGCCCUCUUCUCCAGUCAGCUGAUUCAAGUUUUGAACAAGAAAACUUUGGGAGAAUCAAUGUUGAGAAAGAAGAAUGUGCUUGGCUUCUUUGUGGUCGUGAAAGAAAGUAUACAUAAAAUCGAGACUCUGUAAAUAAGUCGUAUGUUGUAAUGUUGAUAACAUUGUUUUGAAAAACCCCAAUAAAUAUUAGUUUAAAUC